AUGGCUUUACGCACAGCUGUUUCAAGCCUUUCCACCAAAGCACAGAUGUUGCGAGGCAGUCCAUUGGAUUCUGAGGGACUUAAAUGCUUGGAGCACAUGCCCGAGUCUGGAUUGCUUCUAUUGAAGUCUACGGAAACUAGUAAUGAUAAGCUUUUCCAUGUGGAGUUUUCGCAAAGAGUAUAG